AUGGGCGGAGGUCCAAUCAGUCCAUCAUCAAAACCCAUCCCCAACGCCCCUCUCACUCUUCGCCACGCAUCGAUAGAUGACUUGGACGACAUAACAUGGAUAUGCGUAAAUGGGUCCCCCGAUGAUCCAGGUACUGACUACAGGUUUCCACACCGUGAUAAGUACCCAGAAGACUUUUGGAAGUGGACAAGAACCGAGCACAAGGAAUUAUUCCAACGACCUGAUAAGCUUGUCAUCCUUGUAGUUACAGCGCCCGUGCUUCAUGAUGGAGAAGUAGUCCAUCAGCCUGUUUCAUAUGGAGUAUGGGACUUGAAAGUCACAAACGACUUUAUACCAGGAGACCACGGUAUUAAUGAGCGUCGCGACGCAAACAAGAAGCACAUGAAAGCAUACGCCAAAGCUCUCCCAGCCGGUCUAAAGAAGUACUUCAAGCAGUUCGGGUCAGAGCAAAUCCCUUUAUGGGAGGUUGUUACGCAUCCUGACUUUCGAAGGAGGGGGGCAGCUAGUAUGAUAUGCGAAUGGGGACAGAAAGAAGCAGAUAAGGAUGGGAAGAGUUUAAGUUUGUUGGCUACGCCUAUGGGGAAGGGAUUGUAUUCUAAGUUGGGGUAUCGUGUUCUGGGGAGUGUUGUUGUGCAGGUUGUGGGGGAGGAGGAGAGGGUUGUUGUCGAUGCUAUGGUUAAACACAAUAAGUGA